ACCAAAUCUCCUAUUGGCCCAUUUGACAGGCUGAAGGGUUCCAAAGUCGGUAUGGGCUCCAGAGUGGGCUCCAACAUGACUCUGUACCACAGCGACGACUUCACAAAGGCUUACCCAGCGGGUGGAGUCACCUUGCCGGUGGGUUCAGUGCUGCACGUGGGCGUGUCCGUAGAGGAGUCCGAGACGGAGCGUUUCGUGGUCGUUCUGGAGGACUGCUAUGCCACGCAAUCCCCCGAUCCUAAAGACAUCAUGCGAUACUACAUCAUUCAGAAAAAAUGUCCGACUGAAUUCCGUCAGGUGAGGGUGGAGGAGAGCGGCUCGUCUCUCAGGGCUCGCUUCUCUGCUCUGCUGUUCCUGUACCAGGGGGACUACCGGGACGUCUUCCUGCACUGCAGACUCAGCCUGUGUGACCAGAGGAGCUCCUCCUGCACUCCAGUGUGCGCCAAAAGGAAAUACCGCUCUGUCACCCCCUCUGUCCCCCUCGAACCCGUCACCAUCGGACCAAUCACCUGGUCCCAAAAUGAAGAUUGAACUUGUCCUGCUUCCUGUAUCCUAAACAAUGAAUCCAGUUAUCUAAAUAAUUUAUGUAAAGUUCAUAAACCUAUCUCACCUAUACAUCAUUUAUGUCCUAAACCAAGCCAUUUAAUAUCUUACAUACAUCCAGUUAUAAAUAAUGAUAUUUUAAGGAUAUUUUUGUAUUUCUAGAAUGAUUAGUAAAAUAUUUAUAUUUGAACCAACACAAAUUAAUUGUUGAACCUUUAACUAAGGCUUGAGUCCAGAAAGUGUAUGUGCUGGCCACUAAUGUUUGUAACGUGAAAAUACAUGGACAUCUAGUUGGGAUUAUAUCAACACAAACAUCUCCCUUUUCUAGUUUAAACUGCAGCUAUAAUAUCAUUUCAUCCUAUUGCUCUAAAAUGCUUUGUAUGUUCAGUAAUUUAAUAGUGUUAAUAAAAUAUAAAUGAUAAAUAUA